AUCACGUCCUGCCCUAUUCUCCCUGCUCCUCCUCUCAGCAUCCUGCUCCCGAAAAUCUUCUGCCUUUACUAAAUCUGACUACCAUUAAGAACCAUGUAAUUUUGGAGAACUUUACAAUUUACUACCUGUCCUUCCUCAACACAAAGAAAACUUUCGAUGAGACACUGUAAUUAACAUGGGGGACUGGAGCUUUCUGGAGAAAUUAUUAGACCAAGUGCAGGAGCAUUCUACAACAGUUGGCAAAAUCUGGCUUGUGGUGCUGUUCAUAUUUCGCCUUCUGAUCUUAAGCCUUGCUGGGGAAUCAGUUUGGGGAGAUGAGCAAUCAGACUUCAUUUGCAACACUAAACAACCUGGUUGUCCAAAUGUUUGUUACGAUCAAGCUUUUCCCAUUUCCCAUAUUCGGUAUUGGGUGCUACAGUUCCUUUUCGUGAGCACCCCCACUCUGUUCUAUUUGGGUCAUAUUGCCUACCUGUCUAGGAAAGAAGAAAAACUAAGACAGAAAGAAAGCCAAUACAGGAAUGUGGAGGAGAAAAUUCAACACGAGGAUGUUGCCUUAUCAAUCAAUGAAAAGAAACACAGGAAAUUAUUCAUUCAAGAGGAUGGAAGCGUCAAGAUCAGGGGAACACUGAUGUGUACAUACAUAACAAGCAUUAUCUUUAAGAGUCUAUUUGAAACUGGAUUCAUUUUUGGCCAGUGGUAUCUCUAUGGCUUUGUGAUGCCUGCAAACUAUGUAUGUGAAAGAUCUCCAUGCCCUCAUAAGGUGGACUGCUUUGUGUCAAGACCCAUGGAGAAAACUAUAUUCAUCCUUUUUAUGCUUGCCGUCUCCCUCAUCUCUUUAUGCCUCAAUUUAGUAGAAUUGGCUCUUCUGACUGCUCACAGCAUAUGUCGGAGAAUAAAAAAGUAUGCAAGAGCCACAUAUAAAAAUGAUGCCUGUAGGUUCCAGGACAAGACUUUUAACUUACCUACUGCACCAGAGCCUGACAAAUCAUGUCCGUUCUUUCCAAUAAAUAGGGAUAAAUGCCCUCCCUACAAAAUGACUGACCAGGAAAAUUGGGUCAACUAUAAUACAGAGAAGGAGAUGGCCCUGAAUGGUGGAAUUAAUUCAAGUCUGGACAAUAACGUUUACAGCCAUGACCCGAACCAACUUUCUAACCGCUCUGGCAGUUCCAUUUCAAAAAUGCAGUAUGUCUAAUUAAUAUAUUAAAAAUAGACACAUUGGGGUCGAUUUACUAAAACUGGAGGGUGCAAAAUCUGG